ACAUAGUUUAUUUGUUGAUCAUGUUUUGUUUUAGUAUUCCGAAUAAGUUAAGUACAUGUCGUGAGAACUAAGCACCACGACAUUGUACUUCAGGGAAGAAUUAAGUUAACGUUACAUAACUGAGUACACAGGUGGUGUUUCUGCACAAACGAAACUUGAAGCCGCUCAAGAGGUUGAACCAGGAAGUGAAAGUGUUGGAGCUGCACCCCGACCAGGAAACACACAGAUAGGACACACACUCACACACACUCUCACUCACUCACACCGCGAGGACGCUUCACUGCAGAGACUGGUCAGCCGGCUGAGGGUGAGGAGGAUGAUGAUGAAGAGCAGGCCGCUGUACGUCUCCCUUGGGAUGGCGGUGAUGUCGGCGUUGGUCAUCACAGCAACACCAACAUGGGCAACGACAGAAGCAGCCGGAAGAUGUCUAGACGGGAAGAUGUUCACGUUGUCUCGUAGUGGAGGAGGAAUCACCUUCUACGCCCCCUCCUCUGCUCCGACCUCUUCCCCCGGGCCCACCCGCCCCUACGACACCACCACCUGGCGUCCCUACUACCCCACCCACAAACCCACCACCACCAGGCGCCCCUACUACCCCACCACCAGGCGCCCCUACUACCCCACCACCAGGCGCCCCUACUACCCCACCCACAAACCCACCAUCCUGCCCUACACCACCAGGUAUCCCUACUACCCCACCACCAGGCGCCCCUACUACCCCACCCACAAACCCACCAUCCUGCCCUACACCACCAGGUAUCCCUACUACCCCACCCCCACCCCCCGUCCCUGGCCCACCCGCCCCUACUACACCACCACCAGGUGUCCCUGCCACCACCCCACCACCACCCCCCGUCCCUGGACCACAGCCCCCCGUCCCUGGACCACCCGCCCCUACUACACCACCACCAGGUGUCCCUGCCACCACCCCACCCCCACCACCCCCCGUCCCUGGCCCACCCGCCCCUACGACACCACCACCUGGCGCCCCUACUACCCCACCCACAAACCCACCAUCCUGCCCUACACCACCAGGCAUCCCUACUACCCCACCCACAAACCCACCAUCCUGCCCUACACCACCAGGUAUCCCUACUACCCCACCCACAAACCCACUACCCGUCCCCACCACAAAACCACCACCCCCCCCACCACCCCCCGUCCCUGGACCACAGCCCCUGCGACUCGAGGUGUGUCGGUGUGUCUGCGUUACCUGGCCGACGACCUUUCCUCCACCGUCGUCACACUCAGUCCGUCCAGCAGAGCUCCUCUGCGGCUGGGCUUCAGCAACGGGUGGUACACGCUGACCUUUGACCCGUACGGAUACUCGGCCCUGAGCUUCAGACCCAGCUUCAGGUUCUGGUCCAACAUGGUGCCGGACAUCUGGACCAGAGUCUGCGUCACCCUGGACUCCAUGAAGAACGUGGCCCAGGUGUUCAGCGGCUCCAACAUCAGCAUCAGGAAGAUGAUGCCUUCUAAGUAUGACUGGUCAGGUGAGCCCGUCAUUAAUUUUUCAGGUUUUGACGGUCAGCUGACGGAUGUCCAGAUUUGGGAUUAUCCUCUCCGCUACAAAGAAGUCUUCAACUACAUGACCAGCGGCAUCUACGCGCCGUACCGUGGCUCCGCCCUCUCCUGGUCCAACAUCAGCUACUCCUCCACAGGAGGCGCGCUGUUGGAGGAGGCCUAUGAGUGGCAGGCGAGAUGGCCAAUCGGCGGCAGCGGAGGGAAGACGUGGGCGGUUUCCAACAUGGAGUCAGAAUGAACUGUUUUGAUGAAACGCUGUUCCUCAAAUGAUCACGAAGAGUUCACAAUAAUCAAUAAUCAAAAAUCAUCAAUGAAAUUCAAACUUGUCCGAGUAACGAAUUAAAACCCCGUAUGAUUUAUCGUAUGAUUUAUUCUUUAAUUUUAAAUGACACGUUUAUCAUGUUCAUGUUAUGAGAAAAACAAUAAAGAUUUUGACACAA